AUAUAAAAGGGAACAGCCUAGUCUACUUUUAGUGAGACUUUUCUGAAAUUAAGGUGAAGAUGAAGUGGUUGCUGCUAUGUCUGUUGACCAUUGGCUUUACUUUUCCUUGUGCUGAUAGCAAUACCAUGCAGUUUGGGUCACUAGUCUAUUAUGCCACAAGAAGAAAUAUCCUGCAAGAUUACACGGGUUAUGGCUGCUACUGUGGAAUAGGAGGGAAAGGACAGCCUGUGGACGCAACUGACAGGUGCUGCCAUGCCCUUGGCUGCUGUUACACAAAACUGAGAGCUCGAGGAUGUAACCCAAAACUGAAAAAAUACAAAGUUGCUCUCAGAAAAGGAAAAAUAAAUUGUAUGUCUAUGGCUGAUCCAUGCAUGAAGUCAGUAUGCGAGUGUGAUCGCUCCGCUGCUCUGUGUUUUCAAGCAGCCAGUAAAAGCUACAGGAAAGCAUACCGCUACUUUCCAAAUGUCAAAUGUCGAGGAUCUACUCCUAGGUGUUGAAAUGUUUUCUAUCUGCAUCUAUCAGAUUAAAAAAUGUUUACUUAUCAGAUAAUAUAGUGGGUUUAAAAUAUAACAUUAACCUUUAAUCAUUUGACUGAACUAUCAGACUUUAUUUACAGCAUGUUUUUUAUCAUUAUUUAGUGUGUUUCUACAUCACUCUCAACCUCUAGGAUAUAUCAAUAAAUCUGCUUAUUGCUUUGCAGCUUCAA